AAACCAUGGGAAAAGUGAGAGAAUUCACUAGAGUAUCUAGGAUUUCAUUGAUCAAAAUUUAAUAAAUUUGUUCACUUUUCGCCCUGCAUUUUUCACCUUGUUUACAAGUGUUCAUUCCAUAACCAAUAUUACGGUGUUGGAUGAAAAGAGAUAAGAUAUUAGCCGCACAUACGCUUUAUCCUUUUCUACGACGCGGACCGAUUUUCACGUGGUAAUAGAAAGUUGAAAGAAAACCUAACCUAGAACAAUUUCGCCUUGGCAUCAUUCAUCAUUGAUCCACGCAUCCACGUGCGAGCCACGCGACAAGAGAGGACAGAUUAUUCUCGUAAAACAUUCAGAUAUAUUCGUAGAAAAUGGAGGAAACCACGCGAGAGAUGAGCAUCGCGGAUCAACCUCAACCUCAGCCUCAGCAGAAGACUGAUGAAGUGGCGAAAACGUCCAAGAAACGCCAUGCCGACGAUAAUCGCAUGGAGGUAGAGAUAGUCAAUGGAAUAAAGGGAAAAGUAAAGCAGCAACCGGCUAAAAAGAAAGCUAAGAACGUACAAGGAGGAGAACAGAGGAAGAUAUCGGUACCAGCGCACAGAUACUCGCCUUUGAAGGAAAACUGGUUAAAAAUAUUUACACCCGUCACUGAACAUCUGAAGCUACAAAUACGUUUCAAUCUGAAGACCAGAAAUGUAGAAAUUAGAACGGCACCGGAGACCCCGGACAUUUCGUAUCUCCAAAAAGCGGCGGACUUUGUGAAAGCGUUCAUCUGCGGAUUCGAGGUGGAGGACGCUUUGGCGUUGUUACGCCUGGACGACCUGUUUGUAGAGUCGUUCGAGAUACAAGACGUCAGGCAGCAAAUGAAAGGGGAUCACCGGUCUCGGGCGGUUGGGAGAUUAGCGGGCAAGGGUGGAAGAACGAAGUUUACCAUCGAGAACGUAACAAAGACCAGAAUUGUGCUGGCCGAUACCAAGAUACAUAUACUCGGUUCUUUUCAGAAUAUACAAUUAGCUCGCAGAGCGAUAUGCAAUUUAAUCUUGGGCAGUCCACCCUCCAAGGUUUACGGACAAUUAAGAAACAUAGCUAGUAAGAUCUCGGAACAGUUCUAAUAUCCAUAUGUUCUAUUUAUCUGUAUCAUACAUACGUGUAAAUAUAUAUACAUUCUCUUGUUAUAUAACAAUUUAAACAUUAUUUUAUACCUAAAAUUAGGUAUACACAUA